UUUGAGCUUCAUCAGUUCACAGAACAUAUCCGUCAAAUCUAAAAUAUUAUUAAAUUUCGGAGAAAUUUUCAACAAUAACAUUUUAAUCUUUAGCAAUUUAACAAAAUAGGACAGGAGAUGGAAUCUUGUCGCAAUCCCAACGCUAAUAAGCUUAAGGUUGGCCUCCCCCACCAAAUCCUUCAGAAUGAAAAGAAUAACUUUACGGAAGAUGAGAAAAAAAUUAUUGGGGAACUAAAGCAACUGUAUCUGGAGACCAUUAAUCUGGACGUAAAGAUGCAGCGGGAAAUUUACAAUAUGGAAAAACAAUACGAGGUCAAGCACAAUGAAAUUUUUGAAAAACGCAAAAAGAUACUCGAUGAUUUUAAGAAACAAAAUCACGGUGACUCCACACGCAAUGAGAAUGUCUCCACCUUUUGGUUGAAGGUGCUGAAAGCCUCCUACACCGAAUUCAUUGGCAAGGAGGAUGAGCGAAUACUUUCAUAUCUUUCUGAUAUACGCACCAAGCACUAUAACGAUGACACUGUCAAGUUUGUGAUCGAGUUUCAUUUUGAUAAGAACGAUUAUUUCAAGAAUCGCGUGCUCACCAAAACUUACAUCUUGAACUGUGUACCCGAAGCCGAUGAUCCUUUGUCCUACGAUGGCGCCGAGAUUGUGCGUUGCGAAGGCUGCAACAUCGAUUGGAAGCAACCGCACAAUCGCGAUAAGAAGGAUCAACCCACUUUCUUUGAUUUCUUCUCGCCACCGACAUUGCCUGAUGAUCCGGAGGAUCCCAACUUUUGUGAUAUUAAUGCUAUUCUGCAGAACGACUUUGAGUUGGGCUUCUAUCUGAAGGAACGCGUUAUUCCCAAGGCCGUCAUCUUUUUCACUGGCGAAAUUGCCGAUUGUCAGAGCUCAGAUGGCUCAGAAACCGAGUCUGAAAGCGAUGAAGAAUCAGAUGUGGAUGGCGAGGAGGAAUCGUCGAAUGGAAACAAAUAACUCUCUGAAUACGAAAUGGCAUAUAUAGAAUAUAUACAUACUCUUUUAACAUCUAAUCACAUUUUCUAAUCGAAAUUGAAACAAUUGUUUAUUCGAACUCUGUCUACACUCAUCUUAGCUACCAAAUAAACAUUUCAUCAAUUUUCAAUUCCAAAAAA